AUGGCGGAAGUCCAAGCCCGCGGAAGCGGCACACGAGGCCGGGGAGGCUUCAGAGGCGGUAGAGGCGGUUUUCGAGGCGGUCGCAACCCGUCCAGAUCACAACACAAAGCGGACAACGAGCAAGAGAACAUUCCUCCCUCCUCCUCGCUCGAAGAUCAAGGCGAAGUCGGCGAACUGAAGCGGAAAUUCGGCGACAAGGUCCCCUUGUUGAAAGAGAUCUUGCCGGGAUGGAGUGACGAGGAUCUUGUUUACGCGCUGCAAGAGACUGACGGCGAUGUUGAUGCCGCUGUUGACCGGAUCUCCAGUGGCACGAUCUCACAAUGGGGCGAAGUCAAGAAAAAGCAUCCCAAGCCGAAAGAGACACCUGUAGCAUCUACCGAAUCUGGGUCUCGAGGUCGCGGACGUGGUGCUUUCGAAGGUCGAGGCAGAGGUCGAGGCGCAGAACGCGGCGCUAGAGGCGGCCGUGGUGCCAAAUCUGUUGCAGCACACACAAAUGGUACCAAGAAGACGGACGACUGGGACACUGCCGCUACCGCUACCGCCCCAGCUGCUGAUGGUGCUGGUGCUUGCUGGGAUACUGCACCGGCCAAUGGUGAAACCACGACUACGAAUGACGAUUGGGCAAACGAACCUGGUAAAGAUUCUUUGGCAUCUCUGCAGACCGAGGAACCUAAGCCUGCAUCUGCGGCCGCUCCGAACACGGCGAAGCCAGGUGGAUGGGCUGGGUUAUUCGCAAAACCAGCUCCGGCACCUCCUAAGAAAGCUCCCGCACCUCCGCCUCCAGCUGCGCAACCCGAACCUGUCCCAGUCGAACCUGAUACCCCCGUCGCCCAACAGUCAGCCCCAGUCGAACCUGUCCUACCUCCACCCAUCGAACCUGCGCCGAGCGAGGGAGGCCCAAGCGAACUGCCUUCUGCACCCCACUCGGAGACAGGAAAAGAUUUGACACCACCCAAAGAUGAACUGACCGAGCAGAACCUGGAGAAAUUGCCAGAUACGUCGCAACCCCAUCCAUCCGCCACGGCAGCCAGCACCGUUGCCAGUACUCAGGACCCACUCACCGCAACCGAGCCUGCGAAGCCUGCCAUCCGGCCAGGCAUGUCUGGCUACGCCGCCACAGCUCUCAAGGCGACCAGUGGAAGCAAUCGCUCGGCCAGUUACACAAGAAAGGUCAUGGAACAACAGGAGGCGGUCGUUAUGCCGGGCCAUCAUGCGGUGGAGAAGGCGGCGGUUCAGUUUGGCAAGUUGGGUCUGGGUAGUCUGGACGAUCUCGACGUAGACGAGGACCGAGAGGAGCCAGAGACACGAACUCAGCUUCCAGACGACUCGCCAGCUGCUCCUCGCGCAUCGUUGCCACCAUCUCUGCCGGAACCUCAGCAAGGCCCAUCUGCUCCUAUGAGUCACAUCCCGACCCAGCCCGCCGCGGAUGUCCAAGCAGCCGCCAUUGGACGACAGCCCGGCGCUCCAGGUCUCCCUCCUGUUCCUCAACAGCCUCAACAGCCGUCGCCACAAUCGUCUUCGGCGUACACGGAUCAAUUCAGAUAUGGCCAAGGUCAAAAGCCUUAUGAUCCUUUCGGCCAGCAACCACCUGCGGCACAGCCUCAAGCACAAUCUCAAGAACCCUUUUCCAACCAAGUCCCGACCCAGCCUGGAGCAGCUACGUCACAGAACGACUUUGCCUCCUAUUAUGGACGUGAUGCGUACAACUACUACGGUGCCUAUGGACAGGGACAACAUGACGCCCAACGUGUUGGAAGCGCCUUCGGUACCACUGCUCCGGAAGCACCAGGCCAAUAUGCCACUUCUCGACCUCAGCAAGCAAUUCCUGGUCAACAAGAGGCCCCGGGUAGCGGUGGCAACACUCCUGCCCCUGCUGUAGCCAGCCAUCAUGCUGCUCAACCUUCUGGACCAAUGCAACAAACCCAAGGACACGGAUAUCCUGGUUAUGGCUACCCCAACGCUUACAAUCAACAAUAUCCUCAAUACAGCGCAUCGUACAUCAACCAAAUGAACCACCGUUACGGCUCUAAUCGACCCAUGUUUGACGAUGUCCGCCGUCAAGAUAGUGACUACUACGGCAGCCAGUACAACUACGGACAGAACCACUAUGGUGGCGGGUACAAGUCCAACAUGUAUGCCCAGCCUCAGCAAGGGUACUCUUAUGAGCAGUCUUCAUCUCCUGCCAAUGCAGCAAACACUUUUGGUGGUCGCGAGGCAGCAGGCUACGGACGUAGCGGCUCGGCUCAACCAUCGGAGGCUCAGCAGAGUGCCGCGGGCAGCACUGGCUUUGGCGGAGUUCCGGAUCCGUUUGGUCGUACUUCUUCUGGCUUCGGGCAGACAGCGGCUCAACAACAGCACGGUACGGCUCAUUCGAGCGGUGAAGAUCCUACCAAGGCGGCUGGACCCAGCCCAUCUAUGCAAGGUGGUCGUCCCGGUUCUGCCAUCAACAGUUUCCCCGGUCAUCAAGCUGGAGUCUUGCCUUCGCCUUCGCAACAUUCUGGCCAGCAGGCUGCUUUUGCCGGAUAUCCUCAGUAUGGUGGCUUGGGCGCCGUGGGCGGACAUCAAAACACUCAUCAGAACACGGGAUACGGCGGCUAUGGCUCCAACACGGGCUUUGGUACCUAUGGCGGUUAUGGCGGCGGCCGGGGAUGGAACACCAGCUAUGGCUCAGGCCAUUAG